AUGACCACCGACCCUGUUGUUCCGGGCCUCCAACCCUUUUCCCAACUCAAAUCAGGCCAGACUACUUCCAGCUCCAAGUCAACAGUCGUCCCAGCUUCCCCGACCACUACAGCUCCUUCGCAGUCUUCCCACCGGGCGCAGCAGGCGAAGAAUGGGCACCGCGAUGAACAGCCCAAUAGCACAAGCGACAAGGCUACCACUGCACUGAUUCGACGCGUUCUUUGUCCUCAUCUAGGAGGCUCUGGCGGUGCCGCUUCCCCAUAUGCUCCAGAGGAGCUAUUACCACCGCUUACCAGCUCUAAUGACGUUGAUCGUCAACUUUACGCUUUAAUUGCCAUAAUAAUAAAGGAGUUUAUUUCGUCCUGGUAUUCGAAGAUUACAUCCGAUCAAGCUCUUAUCAAUGAGGUGGUCCAGCUGAUCGCGCAUUGCACCCGGGCUCUUGAGCAAAGGCUGCGGGAGAUAGAUAUUGCACAGCUAGUUCUGGACGAUAUCUCUGGAUUGGUGGAAGGGCAUAUCGUUUGCCUCUCACCUGUUCCGGACCCCUCUGAUGCGAAAUCUGUUUCUCAGCAGCGAGAGAACGAAGCUGUAUACCGACGACUAUUAGUGAACGGCGUUCUGGCUAUUCUUCUUCCCACUGAGGAUCUCGAAAAUGCAUGCCUGCGGACCUUGACGAGCGACAUUCUGGCGGACCUUAUUCUCGGAAACGAAGUGAGCGGGAAGGUUUGCGAAAGCAGAUUCUUGUGGGAGAGUACAGCUAAGCUGCUGGAAGUGCUCUCAAGAAACAACGGUGGAGACAAGGUUGAUAUGACAGAAUCAAAGCCAUCUCCUCCAAACCAACUACGACAAUUUGGCCUGCUUUCAAGCAAAAACGAUGAGAAUGAUCACACACCCUUGAGUUCCCAAUCACAGACUCCAAGCUGGAUAUGGUGCCUCCUUCAGUAUGCCUUUUUCGCAUAUGUGACACUACGCUUUAUUGUGUCGGGCCUACUUCGCAAUGCUUCCACAGCCCCGGCGAUGUUUGUUUCGCGCCCAACUCCUUCGCGUAGUUUUGUGGACGAGUUAGGCCCGAAAUACGGCGACAUGGGAAAGCGCCCGGUGCUUGGUUAUCGACUCUAUGGCAUGCUGUCGCAGUUACUGAAUAUCCCCCAGCGAAUGCCGUGGCUAGGAGGAUUGUUAGCCCUCCUCCAAUAUUUAAUCCUGGCGGGCCCAGGAAAAGUAGGGGACACCAGCAGUACUCUUGAUAGGUUCCUCCACGAGAACAUCCAGGAGUAUGUGCUCACCCCCACCUUGUUACCCAAUCUUCUACUUGCAUCGCGAGAGGCGCUUUUCCCGCAUAAUACUCGUCCGAAGCCUGGAGGGAGUGUUAAUGGCACUGAAGAGCCGACAUCGACUGCGUCAACCCCGACAGGGGCGCAGCCUUCGACUAUCAAUAAUAAUACGCAGGCGACUACCGCAUCCGGCGGCAAUGCAAUAAUGCAGGCUCAUAUAGCGGCCACUGCGGGAUCGCCUCCCUUGUCGCCGGAUCAGCAGCGGCGCGUCUCAAAUGCCGCCGAAAUCGCCUCGAUAAGGCGCAAGUGUGCACUCGGAAUUCUAUCCCUGAUACCGCGCCCAAUCGCACGCCGUCUACUCGGAGUUGCAUCGGAGACUGCUGUUAAGAGAAACUCGAUGCCUCUUCGAUUUACGGCUCAAUCUCUAAGCCAGUUCCAAGAUUCCGAGCCUGAAAUUGGAGAGCCAGUCCAUGCCUUUAUGCCGCCUGCCGGGGCCACUGGAAGUGACGGUGACGCGGAAGAGGAGCUCCUCGCUUCGACUAUUGAGACCGAAAUCCUUGAUUUGUUCGAAGAUGAGUACUGCAACAAGCAUCUGAUCUACUCGAUCAUUGAGACCGUACUCGCGAGGCUUUUGCCUGAGUUGUCGGAUCGGAGUAUUGCUGAACUGAUGGAGGACAGGGGAGUUUUCGUACCCACUGGUUGA